AUGCUAAGGGCUAUGAAGACACAUUACGACUAUCUUGUGAUAGGUGGCGGCUCCGGUGGAGUGGCCAGCGCCAGAAGAGCAGCUAAGCAUGGAGCUUCGGCAUUGGUGAUUGAGGCCAAAGCCAUGGGUGGAACUUGUGUCAACGUUGGAUGUGUUCCCAAGAAGAUCAUGUGGUAUACCUCAGAUAUGGCUUCCAAGUUGAGAAUCGCCAAGGAGUACGGUUUUGGGCAGGUCGAGCCGGAGUAUGCGAACAGCUUUGAUUGGGCCAGAAUCAAGCAGAAGCGUGAUGCGUACAUUGCCAGACUAAAUGGUAUAUACGAGAGAAACAUGACCAAGGAAGGUGUCGACUUUGUGUAUGGCUAUGCCCGCUUCAACAAGGAUGGUGCUGUUGAAGUCACUGCAAAGGACAAUAGUGUGACCACCUACACUGCCGACAACAUCCUGAUUGCGACUGGAGGAGCACCUGUUAAGCUAGAUGUUCCUGGGGCUGGACUUGGAAUUGACUCUGAUGGAUUCUUUGCCCUUGAAGAACAGCCCAAGAGAGUUGCCGUUGUCGGUGCCGGUUACAUUGGAAUAGAGUUUGCCGGCGUCUUCAACGGACUCGGAUCGGAGACCCACUUGAUCAUUCGUGGAGACACCGUUCUGCGCAAAUUCGACGACCUUAUCCAGCAAACCAUCACUGACAAAUACAUCAAAUCCGGGAUCAACUUGCACAAACGGUCUUCGGUGACCCAUGUGACCAAGAACGCCGACGGCUCGCUCAAGGUUGAGCUGAAUGGCGGUGCCAGUGAGAUUGAGGUGGAUACUUUGAUCUGGACUGUUGGUCGCAAGUCUUUGAUUCCUCUGGGCGUCAAGGAGAUCGGGUUGAAACUCAACUCCCACGACCAGGUUCUGGUGGACGAGUACCAGCAAACUAACGUGCCCAAAGUGUUCUCUCUUGGUGAUGUUGUUGGCAAUGUCGAGCUCACACCCGUUGCCAUUGCAACCGGUCGUCGUCUUUCCAACCGUCUAUUUGGACCAGAACAGUUUGCCAAACAGAAGAUGGACUUUGAGAACAUCCCAAGUGUUGUGUUCUCGCACCCCCAAUCCGGUACCAUUGGUUUGACCGAGAAGGAGGCCAUCGAGAAGUACGGUGCUGACGAUAUCAAGGUGUACACCUCCAAGUUCACAUCGAUGUACUAUGCUAUGGUGGAAGACGUUGAGCAUAAAGAUCCCACUGCAUACAAACUGGUUUGUCUUAAGUCUCAGAACGAGAAAGUGAUUGGACUCCACAUUGUUGGUGACGAUUCUGCCGAGAUUCUUCAAGGUUUUGGAGUGGCCGUCAAGAUGGGUGCUACCAAGCAAGACUUUGACAAUUGUGUUGCGAUUCAUCCAACCUCUGCCGAGGAGCUGGUGACUAUGACCUAA